GCGCAAUACCCGUAGCAAUGCCCAUCAACCAGCCUUCAAAUCAGAUCAAGCUCACCAAUGUCUCUGUUGUCCGCCUCAGAAAGAGCGGAAAGCGAUUUGAGAUCGCCUGCUACAAGAACAAGGUCCAAGAGUGGCGCAGCGGAGUAGAGACAAACCUCGACGACGUGCUCCAGAUCGCCAACGUCUACAUCAACGUCUCCAAGGGCGAGCUCGCGAAGAGCCAGGACCUGAAGAAGGCCUUCGGCACCACCGACCAGGACACCAUCGUCGCCGAGGUGCGUCCGCAUGCCUGCAUGUGCUCGUGCCGAGCUGACCGCGGAACCCUUCUUGCUUGCCCUCAGAUCCUCAAGAAGGGCGAGCUCCAGGUCGGCGAGAAGGAGCGCGAGCACGAUCUCUCGUCCAUUCGCCGCGAGAUAGCCACCCUCGUCGCCGAGAAAUGCGUCGAUCCCGCGACACAGCGGCGGUACCCCGUCGGCGUCAUCGAGAAGGCCCUCGUCGACGCGGGCUUCAGCGUGCGGCCAGGGAAGAACGCCAAGAGUCAGGUCUCUGAAUGUAUCAAGCUGCUGCAGACAGAGUCCAAGCUCCCGAUACAGCGCGCGCGCAUGCGCGUCUUCAUCACGCUGCCGAACGCAGAUGCAGAGCGGGUCCGGACACGCGUCCUGGAGGCCGCAGAGCGCGUCGAGCGUGACGACAAGGGUGCCGAAAAGUGGGAGACGAUCCUGUUCAUUGACCCUAGCCAGUUCCGCGUCCUCAACGACCUACUGCAGAAAGAGUGUGCGGGAAGGGGAACUUUGGAGACACUAACGUUCGCAACGGCAGGUGAUGACCCGGCCGCGGUUUGAGCUCCCAUAGCCUGUGCCUUACAUGUAGAUGUGUAGAUCUGAAUUGUUGUACUUGUACCCGAGCAAAAUAUACUA